AUGUCCUCACAACACAUUGAUAUCUGUGGCAAAUUCGGCCCUGAGAUGGACAAGACUGUCCAAGCCAUGAUUGCCAGAGGAAAGGGUCUUUUGGCUGCUGAUGAAUCUACAUCAACCAUUGGAAAGCGUUUUGAAAAGAUCUCCUUGGAGAAUGUUGAAUCCAAUCGUCAAGCCUAUCGUGAAUUGCUCUUCACUGCUCCAAAGGAAUACACCCAAUACAUCAGUGGUGUGAUUUUGUAUGAAGAGACCUUGUUCCAAUCUACUCUCAGCGGAAAGCCAUUCUCUGAAGUCUUGACCGAGGCUGGAGUUGUUCCAGGAAUUAAGCUUGAUUUGGGAGUCAAGAAUUUGCCAGGUACUGAUGGUGAGCAAGCCACUCAAGGUUUGGAUGAUUUGGAAAAGAGAAUUAAGAAGUAUUAUGAUAGAGGUGCUCGUUUUGCCAAGUGGAGAGCUGUUUACAAGAUCAACGACAAGGGAUUGCCAUCACAACUCGCAGUUGAUCAAAAUGCUGAGACUUUGGCCAGAUACGCAGCAAUUUGUCAAGAGAACGGUCUCGUUCCUAUUGUUGAACCUGAAAUUUUGGUCAUGGAAGGAUCUCAUAAUAUUGAAGUUUCAUUGCAAGUCACCAAGAGAGUGUUGGCUGCUGUCUUCCAACGAUUGAUUCAACACAAUGUUGAUUUGAAUAGAAUCAUCUUGAAGCCUAACAUGGUCUUGCCAGGUAACGAUUGUCCAACCAAGGCUGAAUGUGAUAAGAAGAUUGCUCAAUACACUGUGGAUGCUUUGAGUAGCACUGUUCCACCUGCAGUGAGAGGAAUUAUGUUCUUGUCUGGUGGUCAAUCGGAGAAGCAAGCUGUUGAGACUUUGAAUGAAAUCAACAAGGUCAAUGCUCCAAAGCCAUGGGCUCUCUCCUACUCUUAUGGUAGAGCUUUGCAAGAUUCUGCAAUCAAGACUUGGCAAGGAAAGAAGGAAAAUGUUGAAGCUGCUCAAAAGGCUUACAUUGAACAAGCCAAGAAGUGUUCAUUGGCUUCCAAGGGUGAGCUCUAA